AUGAAAGAAAUCACGAUGAAAUUCGACGCGGAACGUGUGAUAAAGGAUAAUUCGGCCGAAAUGCUUCAAUUUUCCGUCAAAAACGACAUUAUCAAUGCUUAUCGAUCGAUCACUGAUCAAUACCAUAAUCGAUUAGCCACUGUCGGUGUACAGUGGAGAAUGCCAUAUUUGAACGCGUUGUUUAUGAACUGGACUCGGUCAACGAAACAGUGGUCUGACUGUACGAAAAUGGAUUGUCUGCUUAUCACUCGAAACGGAUUCGUCUUGGCAUCGUCGACGUCACGAAGUCCAGCACCACUGGCACGAUUCGAUCCACAACUGUUCGAUAGUCUCGAGGAAAACGGUCUGGUUGCAACUAGCUCAUGGGUGGACGCUCAGGCGGAAUGCACGGCCACUCGGUCAGCACCGUGGUCCAGUCCAGCUGCAUAUCGUGUUAACCCACUUCAAGCGCUCAUUAAUAGCAUUGCAACGAUCAUUGGAAAGACUUUCUGGUGGAAAUACACUCUUUUAGUUUUUUUUAAAGAGGAUUAA